UAGAGCGCUGUAUAAGUGCCCCAGACUCCCAGCUCCUCUAGCACUUCAGCCUGAGGAGGACCCAUCACAGCCCUGACCAGCCCCAGCUCCCCUGUGACUGAAGCCCACUGCAGCACCACUCUGCAGCAGCACCAUCAACAUGGUGUGUGCAGGUAUGCUGAGUGGACUCAUCUUGGUCUCUCUCCUCUCCUCUGGGUUCGGAGGGGUUGUGGGCCGGGACAGUUUGAACCCAAAGGGCCUUCUACGGAUGAUCCAGCAGUUCAAUGCGUAUGAAGCAGAGGACAGAAAUGAGGACCAGUUUGCUGUUGCCGUGUAUUCGUCUGAGGAUCGGCGCCCCAACUCUGACACUGAGCACAGCGGUGAUGAUACCAAGCAAGACCUGCAGCAGGAUGAAGAGUAUGUAGGCGACGGCGUCAUGGUUGCUAGUCCUCGACUGGACCAAAGCGCCGUGGUCCCCAGGGAUACCGGGAACAUGCUGGUGCCGCAGAACUACCUGAAGAAACUCGUGCCUGAAGGUGAAGACCUCGUUCAAGGUGGCAAGAGGCGUAAGAAGAAGAAGAAGAAGAAGAAGAAAAACAAGAAGGAUAAGAAGAAGAAGAAGAAAAAGAAGAAGAAGAAGAAGAAGAAGGACAAGAAACACCACCUCCUGCCAGACCACAACCAUGACGAUGACAACAACCACAACAAUGACGAUGACAACAACCAUCACCAUGAUGACAACAACAACCCCAAUAACAAUGAUGACGACAACCACCAUCACCAUGGCGAUGAUAACAACCACCACCAUGGAGAAUCAGUGGUUGAAGUGGAUUUGAACUCUCUGGCUAAAAUCAUCCAGCUUUUUGAGUCUAAAUGAGCAUGUAUUAGUUACAUGUAAUUUAAAAGCAAUGAAUUUUACUGCAAAUGUUGUAGUUACCAGUUAUCUGUCAAGACUGGCUAAAACUUUUUUUAAUCAAACUUUUUUGUCUUUCUCAAACGAUUAGCAUUAACCUUUCCAAAUUCAUGUACUAAACAAUAUUAAUACUUUUUGACUGCUGUUACCAGUAAUUUCAUCAUUUUGAAUAAUUUACAUAAUAAAUAAAUCAUUUAGCAGCAA